AUCGACAGGCGUAUAAGAGCAGAGUGUGUGUUUCCAGAGAGCAGCAUCUUUACCAGCGCAGACAAAAGACCAGCAGGUCAUCAUCAAAUCAUCACUUUACUCCAUCGGUCUCCUCGUAAAUAUGGAUGUUUCCAAGCCUAAAUCGACCAGCAAAGGUGCCACACGUGCCACAGGACCUGGCAGUCCCCACAAGGGCCCACCUAAGUUCAAACAGAGGUCAACACGCCAGUUUAAGAGCAAACCACCCAAAAAGGGUGUCAUCGGAUUUGGUGAAGAGAUUCCUGGAAUGGAGGGAUUGGGAACAGACUUUAACGUAAUCUGUCCAUGGGAGGCGUACAGUCACCUGGAGUUACAUGAGCUGGCUCAAUACGGCAUUAUAUGAUAUAUUUUCCUGUUAUCCUGGAUCCACCAGCAACAUCCUGCACCUUAAUAUGUACAUUUACAAUCUCUUUAGCAAAUGUUUGGUUAGUCACAGAUAGACAGCAUUUGUAACUAACUCAAAUUAGUUAAUCUACCUCUUCAAAUUGAAGUUUCAUGUAGUACUACACUUUCAAAAAAAUUUAUCAUUUUACGGGAUAUUUCUGGCAGCUGGGGUGCCGGAUAAAAAACUUAAAAUUACGACCAUUAAAUCACUGAAAUAUACUGUAAAAUAACGAUAAUAAAUUACAAAAAUUUACUAGAAAUUACAUUUUAAGGAAAUUUCUGUUAUUUAACGGCUGUUAUUUUUUCGUAUUUUUUCAGCCACCCCAUCUGCCAGAAAAAACAUGUAAAAUUACGGAUUUUUUUUUACAUGGUAGAUUUCACUCUUUCGCCAAUGAUAAUCUCAGACACUUUUUCUUAUUCCUCAUUUUUUACUUCAUCAUCUUACCUAAUAAUAGUAUUGUCUUAUUAUUAUAUAAUGGGCAUUAUAGCUGCAACAUCAAGCUUUAGUUUCCAUAUAAAUAUAUGGAAUGUAGCUGGAUCUUUUUAAUGAUGGAUGUUUUUGUUUUUAUUUUGUUGAACUGGGACAGUUGUGUCAUGUACAGUAUCAGUGUGUGUACAGUAUGUGAGUGUGCUGUGGGUCUCAGCGUCUGCCAUAGCGCGAGUACUGGGAGCAGCUCUCUAUGAGAAACCGGCCCAGUUUAUUGGCCUUAUGAUGCUGGAGAAUCAUACUAAAAUGAGCUCAACUCAUUCCCAGCAGCACAGAAUAUUGUAGGUUUGGACGUCAAUUAAAGCUUGAUUAUUUUCAUAAU